UAAUCUAUCUAGAACCUUCUUUUCCACCGCCACUUAUAAAUAUCUAACCCCCCUAUGUCUCUUACAUUUGAUAAUCCAACGAACUCUGUCAGUUGUUUUUUUCCUUACAAAGAUUGAAGAUUUUUCAGACGGAACAUAGAAAAAAGGUAGAACACUCUAACAGUAUACAAGGAUUGAUGGAAGAAGUGGUAAUAAAGGAAGAGGAAACUCAAGUGACGUUUGCUGCUCCUGGAACGGCGGGGUUAUCUUCAUCUUCAUCGUCUUCUUCGUCUUCUAAUGCCACUCCGCAGCCGCGGGAAGGGCUUAACGAGGUUGGUCCGCCGCCGUUCCUCACCAAAACUUUCGAAAUGGUCGAAGACCCAUCGACAGACUCGGUAGUUUCAUGGAGUAAAGCUCGAAACAGCUUCAUUGUUUGGGACUCCCAUAAAUUCUCCACCACUCUGCUUCCUAGGUAUUUCAAGCACAACAAUUUCUCCAGUUUCAUUCGCCAGCUCAAUACAUAUGGCUUUCGAAAAACUGAUCCAGAUAGAUGGGAAUUUGCAAAUGAAGGGUUUCUGGGAGGGAAAAAGCACCUAUUGAAAACGAUCAAGAGGAGAAGAAAUUUGGUGCCGAGCUCGCAACAUCAAGGUGGAGGAGCUUGUGUUGAGUUAGGACAAUUUGGAUUAGAUGAAGAAGUGGAACGAUUAAAGAGGGAUCGAAGUGUUUUACUAGCCGAAAUCGUGCGAUUAAGGCAGCAACAGCAGCAUUCAAGGUACCAAGUUGUUGCAAUGGAGGAAAGGUUACAGAACACAGAGAGGAAACAGCAGCAGAUAAUGACAUUCCUUGCUAAAGCUCUACGAAACCCAACUUUUAUCCAGCAAUUCGCUCAGCAAAGACAGGUUCAUGGGGUCGAAAUCGGGCGAAAACGCCGACUAGUAGCGAGCCCCAGCUUGGAGAAUUUGCAGCAAGAAGCAGUCCCUGUGGUGGUCGAUAAUGAUCAAGUCGAGGAACAAGAAGAAUUGGCUACCAUCGAGUCAGAGAUCGAGACGUUUUUCACAUCCGCCAUGGACAAUGAAUCCAGCAGUGAAAUCAAGGAUCAUAUAACAAGUCCAAUGCCCGUGUCGAAUGUGACUAACAGCUUGGGUGUCAAUGAUACGAUAUGGGAAGAGUUAAUAAAUGAAGAUUUGAUAGGUGGUGAACCAACGGAGGAACUCGUGGUUGGUGAUCAAGCUGAAGUUGAUGUUCAAGUUGAAGAUUUGGCAGCAAACCAAGCAGAUUGGGUUGAUGAUUUGCAGGAACUUGUGGAUCAAAUGGGUUAUCUCAGAUCAAAUCCAUGACCAAGA